GUGACAAAACAGCAACUACAUCCGGGUAAAUUGUGUGACCUUGGUUGGUUAAUUGUCAUGGCGGCCAUCGUCAGGAUAAGUUCUGUCUGCCACAAAGGUGUCAAACCUCUGUUUUAUCGUAGCUUUCUCCUCGCACGACCCCUGGUGGCACAGCAAAAGGACCAAGACCAGCCCUACCCAUUGACAGCUAGGAUUCAUGGAUCCUCAUCUCUCUAUGCCGGCUCUGGGUCCAAAGCUGCCUCCCUGCAUUGGACAGGAGAGCGUGUGGUGAGCGUACUGCUGCUGGCCAUGGGGCCUGCUGCCUACUACUUCCCCGGACCUGCUGUUGACUACUCGCUGGCUGCUGCCCUCACCCUGCAUGGCCACUGGGGGAUUGGACAAGUCUUAACGGACUACGUCCACGGAGAACCGAAGAUCAAGAUGGCCAACGCAGGCCUCUUCCUGUUGUCGACUGUCACCUUUGCCGGUCUCUGCUACUUCAACUACAACGAUGUAGGCAUUUGCAAAGCGGUGGCCCUCUUAUGGAGCAAAUGAAUGGAUUGAGGUUUGGGAUGGGUGGCGUGGGCACUGGGACAUCAGCCAUCUUGUUCUGGUAUGAUUGUAAACAUUCAAGGGAUUAUAUGUACAUUUCUAUAAAUAUAUAAUUUCACAAUAUUACUGUGAUUCACAAGUGUUGUAAUUCAUGUUGAGUCAGGCUUUUUGGGGGAUGGGGAAAGAAAUUUACUUUUUUUUUUGCACGUUCUGGAGGUUUGUGUUGGCAUGUUAAUGAUCUGCUCCUGUUGAUUUAUGUUAACAAACUGCUAAUAAUACAAACACUUGUGUAAUGCUUAUUAUCUGAGGAAGUAUCGACAGUGAUUUACAUAUAUUUUACCUGAAUUUCAGAUCCAGUAUGGCAAAUUACUUCUCAUCUCUUCUGGACUAACUGAAUUUAUUAUGUAGACAUUGCAUUCUUAUUUGUGGGAUGAUUGUGGUAUGUUUCCUGUCCGUCACCAGUCUAAAUACCAGCUAGUGCCCUUCAAGACCAUUGCAGUCAGCUUAGUGCCACACAUUUAGUCUGUUUGAACUUGCUGGUCUGGUUUGAUUGACGAGCAAAUGGGUGUAUUUGGGUUUAUACUGGCAGUAUUUAAACCCCAUAGCCAUACUGUUCUUGAAUUCAGUGGUCUGUUCAGAAGGGGUGCGACGUUAUAGAACGUUCAGAUAGAUAUGCAUUUUGUAGAACUGAUAUGAUUUGUCAUGUGGAAACGGCUUCACCGCAGCUCUAUUCAUUAAAUGUCUAACUGCAACGUUCUGAACAUUUCACCUCACUGAGCACAUCCCAGGUUGAGCAUGUAGAAGAGUAGCCAUACUGAUCUGUACACCAUUGCGCUUCCUCCUGUACCAGCCCUGUGUAAGUUAUCAGUCAAUAAUAUCCUAUGACAAUAUCCUGGUUUGGAAUAAUGUGCAUAUUUACUUUCUUAGCUGUGCCUGGCAUCAUACUCUUGCUUGAGUAUUUAACAUUGUACACUGGAUUAUUUUGUUGGCAGGAAUUUAACUUUCCAUUUAUCUGAUCAAGUGUAUGUAUGAACAGCUUCUAAGCAUCAACAAGUACAGCUGGCAUCAUAUGAAGUCAAGUCAACACAGAGGGUGCACGCACUUGGUCAAAAUGGCAGAGCUUUAUUUUUGUACUGUUGGGAGUGUCGGCAGAAACAAGUAGGAGUUGUCCGUGUUAAAUAUCUAAGAAAGGUAUAGGUCUUUGUCCUCAUAUUACUCGUAUAUAAAUGUCUAAAAGCUUAAAUGGCUUUGGAAAUUCAA